AAGGUGAGUGUAAUGCGUGGCUAGAUAUGAUUCGAAGAAGUGAAGGCAAGUAUCAAUCGUAAGAGAUUUUCGCACUACUUAACCCUCCUCUCAUCUCAUUGCCCCCAAUCCCUCACCUCACUCAUCUUUCUCUAAUUCAUUUCUUCAAACACCUUACACGCAUAACUAACAAAACAACAAUGGAAGGAUCUGGAGUCGUAACCGUUUACGGCAACGGCGCUAUCACCGAAACAACAAAAAAAUCCUCUCCUUUCUCCGUCAAAGUCGGUCUCGCUCAAAUGCUCCGCGGCGGCGUCAUCAUGGAUGUCGUUAACGCCGAACAAGCCCGUAUUGCUGAAGAAGCCGGCGCAUGCGCCGUCAUGGCUCUCGAACGUGUCCCCGCCGACAUCCGUGCUCAAGGCGGCGUCGCUCGUAUGAGCGACCCUCAACUCAUCAAAGAAAUCAAACAAGCUGUUACCAUCCCCGUCAUGGCCAAAGCCAGAAUCGGCCAUUUCGUUGAAGCUCAGAUCCUCGAAGCUAUCGGAAUCGAUUACGUCGAUGAAAGUGAAGUCCUAACUCUCGCUGAUGAAGACAAUCACAUCAACAAGCACAAUUUCCGUAUCCCUUUUGUUUGCGGUUGUCGUAACCUCGGUGAAGCUCUUCGCCGUAUUCGUGAAGGUGCAGCGAUGAUUCGUACCAAAGGUGAAGCUGGUACUGGUAACAUCAUUGAAGCUGUUCGUCAUGUUCGUUCUGUUUUGGGUGACAUUAGGGUUUUAAGAAACAUGGAUGAUGAUGAAGUUUUCACUUUUGCUAAGAAAAUUGCUGCACCUUAUGAUCUUGUUAUGCAGACUAAGCAACUUGGAAGGCUUCCUGUUGUUCAAUUUGCUGCUGGUGGUGUUGCUACACCGGCCGAUGCUGCUUUGAUGAUGCAGCUUGGCUGUGAUGGUGUUUUUGUUGGUUCUGGUGUUUUCAAGAGUGGUGACCCGGCGAAACGUGCAAGGGCUAUUGUUCAAGCUGUUACUCAUUACAGUGAUCCUGGGAUUUUGGCUGAGGUUAGUUGUGGAUUGGGUGAAGCUAUGGUUGGUCUUAAUUUGACUGAUCAUAAUGUUGAAAGGUUUGCUAAUCGAUCUGAAUGAUUUUCGAUUCAAUGAUGAUUUGAUUCGAUGUUGAUGAUCGAUGAUGAUGAUGGUACUCUUUCGCAUAGCAAUUCUAUUUGAAAGGGUUUUAUGAUGUUAUUUUACUAGUGCUUUUUAGUUGUUUUUUUUAUCUUAUAUUUCAUUUUAAUAAGGUUGUUACGUUUUGUGUUGGAACUGUGUUAGGUGGAAAAAUUUGAACAAAAAAGGAACUAGCCUGUUUUGGCUUGUAAUAUGAUGAUGACACUUGUUUUAGACAUCCAAGUUUAUUAUAUAGUGUUUGAUCUAGUAUGUAUGUUGAGUCAGUUGAUUCAUCAUCAUAAACUAGAACCAUUCUUGUUGGAAUAUUGAAUUCUAUUGUUAAAUUGGAUGUUUAUCUUUUGCUCAA